ACCUCUAAGAGAGAGAUAGAGAGAGAGAUGGGGAAUUACAAGUUCAGAUUCUCUGAAAUCAUCCCAAAUGCCUGGUUUUACAAGCUCAAGGAAAUGGGCAACAAAACCAGAAACAAAAAACACCUAACCCAAACUUCAUCAUCACCCGCAUCUUCUUCAUCAUCAUCAUCAACACAUCCACCCACAACCCACCGGAAAUCCUACUACAUCUCUAGAGACCUCAACGCCGCCCCUCCAAAGACCCGCGUCGCUUCGCCGCGAAAAUCCGCCAAGAAACGCCGCAGCACCUCUUGCGAUACCGAUACAAUUCCGCCGCCGCAACUCCCUCCCAUCAUCACCAAGGCUUCACCCAAAACAGGGGAAAAAGAACAGAUGACAAGACCCGUUCGGAGGAAUUUAGGUUUGAAACUCAGGACGAAAAGUCCGAGGAUAGGGAAGACAAUUCAUCAUCAGGACAGGAAAAGCGUGUCGUCGUCGUCGACGACGACGAAGAACUUUGCGGUUGUGAAGACAUCUGAGGACCCACGCCGAGACUUCCGGGAAUCAAUGGUUGAGAUGAUAGUGGAGAACAACAUCAGGGCAUCGAAGGACUUGGAAGAUCUUCUUGCUUGCUAUCUGUCUUUGAACUCCGACGAGUACCAUGAUUUGAUCAUCAAGGUUUUCAAGCAAAUCUGGUUUGAUAUGAUGUUAUUAUGAAUAAUGUUAGCUUAGGUCCAAGUAAAGUAAUCUCCCCCUCCCCAUCCAUGUAAGCAUUAUACUCUGGCCAGAGUAGUACACUAGUUAUGAUAAAUAAAUGUUCAAUCAUCUCAGAACUUAAUUUACUGGCACAUGCCUGUAAUUAUUAAUU